GCUGCUUCAGUCUCCAUCCUAUUGUUCCUCUGGUGAACUAGGUAAACUUAAAUUUGAAAAAAAAAGAUGUCUAAACUCCUACAAGGCAUUGUGACUGUCAUUGAUGUUUUCUACCAAUAUACCACCCCACAUGGGGAAUGUGACAUGUUAAACAAGGCAGAGUUGAAAGAACUUUUGGAAAAUGAGUUUCACCAAAUUCUGAAGAAUCCAGAUGAUCCAGACACUGUAGAUAUCAUCAUGCAAAGUCUGGAUCAAGAUCAUAACAACAAAGUGGAUUUUACUGAGUAUCUUCUGAUGAUAUUCAAGCUGGCUAAGGCUUGUAAUAAAAUCAUUGGCAAAGAUUACUGCCAAGCUUCAGGGUCAAAGCAGAGAGAUCACAGUCACCAGCACCAAGAGGAACAGAGUGAAACAGAAGAAGAGGAAGACAAAUGGCAAGAAUCCUCUUCCAGUUAUUCAAGUUCAAGUGCAGGAGAGAAUGACUCCUAUUCCAGGAGCUCCACAGGAAGCAUUAAACACAGGCCUAGGUUCACAUCCAGAAAAUUGAGGCAUCGAGGAAUUUUGUCUAAUUCUGAGCACUGGCAAAGUUCUGGGGAAAGGACAGAGUCAAUUUCAGACCACUCUGAGCAUAGUGAAAAUAACAAGCAUGGUGCUCAUCAGGAAGACAGAUCUAAACCAAAUGAACUUUUAGGGAAUAAGCAAAAUAAGAAAUCAGGCCUGUCCUCUGGUAGGAGGCAUCACAGAUUCAGCUCAGGAAGUUGUGAAGGACAAGACCAAUGGUCAAAUUCAAAUGACCCUUCUGGUUCUGCUAGUGAGUCUGGCUCAGGCCAGUCCUCUCAACAGAGAUGGUAUGAACCAAACGCAGGAUCUCAAUCAGGUACCUGUGAUGAACAAGGAUACCAUUCCAAUUCAAGUGAGUCUUCCAAUUUUGGAAAACAUAGGUCUAGCUCAGGUCAUCCCCCUAAUAAAAGAAGACAUGGAUCCAGCUCAAGUGGUCAGUCAGGGAGCUGGGAAAAACAAAAUCAGGGAUCAAGCUCAAGCAAGUCUUCAAGCUGUGAACAAGGUGGAUCUGAUUUAGAUCAGUCAUCACGGAAUGAAAAACAGGGCUCCAGCUUUAGUCAUUCUUCUAGUCAAAGGAAACCUAGAUCAAGUUCAAGUGGUCAAUCAGAAUAUAGCCAACAAAAAUAUGGUUCUGAAUCAAGACAGUCCUCAAGCUAUGAAGAAUAUGGGUCUGAAUCAGACAAGUCCAUCAGCGGUGACAAAAAUCAACCAAGCUCCUACCAGUCCUCUGCUCAGAGAAAACACAGCAGCAGCUCGAGUCAUCCAACAGAGAGCUACAGAAGACAAAAGCAUGGCUCUGGCAUAGGUCAGUCCUCUGCCUAUGGUCAUGAGGGGUCUGGUUCAGGACAGUCUACUAGCCAUGGUCACCUAGAGACUGGAUAUGGAGAGUCUUCUGGUUAUGAACAAUGUGGUUCUGGAUCCAGUAUUUCUUCUAAACAAAAAUACCAUGAAUCCAACUCAGGUCAUCAGUCAGGGAGUUGUAGAAGACAAAAGCAUAGCUCUAGAUCAGGCCAACCCUCUAAUUAUGAAAAAUAUGGAUGUGGCUCAAGUCAAUCUUCUAGUCAAAAAUACCAUGAGUCUACCUCAGGUCAAUCCUCUAGUUAUGGUCAGCAUGGGUCUGGGUCAAGUCAGUCUUCUGGUUCUGCUCAACAAAGAUCUAGAUCAGGAGAAUCUUCUGGCUUUAGCCAGCAUGGAUCUGGCUUAGGUCAGUCUUCUAGUAGCACACAAUAUGGCUCAUCAUCAGGACAGUCAUCAAGCUGUGGCCAACAUGGGUCCAAUUCAAGUCAGUCUUCCAGCUAUGGACAGCAUGGAUCUGGUUCAGGUCAGUCCUCUAGCCACAGGCAACAUAGGUCUAGUUCAAGAGAGUCAUCUGGUUUGGGUCAACAUGGGUCUGGGUCAAGAGAGUCUUCUAGCUUUGGUCAAUAUGAUUCUGGCUCAGGAGAGACUUCUGGCAUUAGUCACCAUGGAUCUGGCUUAGGCCAAUCCUCUAGAAGUGGACAACAUGGUUCAUCAAGCUGUGGCCAACAUGGGUCUAGCUCAGGUCAGUCUUCCAGCUGUGGACAACAUGGGUCCAGCUCAGGUCAGUCUUCCAGCUAUCAUCAGCACAGAUCUGGAUCAGGCCAAUCUUCUAGCCAUAGGCAACAUGGUUCUGGCUCAGGAGCAUCUUCUACUUUUGGACAAGGGUCUGGCUCAGGAGAGCAUGGAUCUGGUUUAGGUCCAUCCUCUAGUAGUGGACAACAUGGCUCAUCAUCAGGACAGUCAUCAAACUGUGGCCAAUAUGGGUCCAGCUCAGGUCAGUCUUCUAGCUAUAGUCAGCACAGAUCUGGAUCAAGCCAAUCUUCUAGCCAUAGGCAACAUGGUUCUGGCUCAGGAGGGUCUUCUACUUUUGGACAAGGGUCUGGCUCAGGAGAGUCAUCUGGCUUUCAUCAGCAUGGAUCUGGCUUAGGUCCAUCCUCUAGUAGUGGACAACAUGGCUCAUCAUCAGGACAGUCAUCAAACUGUGGCCAACAUGGGUCCAGUUCAAGUCAGUCUUCCAGCUAUGGACAGCAUGGGUCUGGUUUAGGUCAGUCUUCUAGUCACAGGCAACACAGGUCUAGUUCAAGAGAGUCAUCUGGUUUGGGUCAACAUGAGUCUGGGUCAAGGGAGUCUUCUAGCUUUGGUCAAUAUGGUUCUGGCUCAGGAGAGACUUCUGGCUUUAGUCACCAGGGAUCUGGUUUAGGCCAAUCCUCUAGAGGUGGACAACAUGGCUCAUCAUCAGGACACUCAUCAAGCUGUGGCCAACAUGGGUCGAGCUCAAGUUCAACUACCAGCUAUGGCCAGCAUGGAUCUGGAUCAAGCCAAUCUUCUAGCCAUAGGCAACAUGGUUCUGGCUCAGGAGCAUCUUCUACUUUUGGACAAGGGUCUGGCUCAGGAGAGUCAUCUGGCUUUCAUCAGCAUGGAUCUGGCUUAGGUACAUCCUCUAGUAGUGAACAACAUGGUUCAUCAUCAGGACUGUCAUCAAGCUGUGGCCAACAUGGGUCCAGUUCAAGUCAGUCUUCCAGCUAUGGACAGCAUGGGUCUGGUUCACGUCAGUCUUCUAGUCACAGGCGACACAGGUCUAGUUCAAGAGAGUCAUCUGGUUUGGGUCAACAUGGGUCUGGGUCAAGAGAGUCUUCUAGCUUUGGUCAAUAUGGUUCUGGCUCAGGAGAGACUUCUGGCUUUAGUCACCAGGGAUCUGGGUUCGGCCAAUCCUCUAGAGGUGGACAACAUGGGUCUAGCUCAGGUCAGUCUUCCAGCUAUGGACAACAUGGCUCAUCAUCAGGACAGUCAUCAAGCUGUGGCCAACAUGGGUCGAGCUCAAGUUCAACUACCAGCUAUGGCCAGCAUGGAUCUGGAUCAAGCCAAUCUUCUAGCCAUAGGCAACAUGGUUCUGGCUCAGGAGCAUCUUCUACUUUUGGACAAGGGUCUGGCUCAGGAGAGUCAUCUGGCUUUCAUCAGCAUGGAUCUGGCUUAGGUCCAUCCUCUAGUAGUGGACAACAUGUCUCAUCAUCAGGACAGUCAUCAAACUGUGGCCAACAUGGGUCCAGUUCAAGUCAGUCUUCCAACUAUGGACAGCAUGGGUCUGGUUCAGGUCAGUCUUCUAGUCACAGGCGACACAGGUCUAGUUCAAGAGAGUCAUCUGGUUUGGGUCAACAUGGGUCUGGGUCAAGAGAGUCUUCUAGCUUUGGUCAAUAUGGUUCUGGCUCAGGAGAGACUUCUGGCUUUAGUCACCAGGGAUCUGGGUUCGGCCAAUCCUCUAGAGGUGGACAACAUGGCUCAUCAUCAGGACACUCAUCAAGCUGUGGCCAACAUGGGUCGAGCUCAAGUUCAACUACCAGCUAUGGCCAGCAUGGAUCUGGAUCAAGCCAAUCUUCUAGCCAUAGGCAACAUGGUUCUGGCUCAGGAGCAUCUUCUACUUUUGGACAAGGGUCUGGCUCAGGAGAGUCAUCUGGCUUUCAUCAGCAUGGAUCUGGCUUAGGUACAUCCUCUAGUAGUGAACAACAUGGUUCAUCAUCAGGACUGUCAUCAAGCUGUGGCCAACAUGGGUCCAGUUCAAGUCAGUCUUCCAGCUAUGGACAGCAUGGGUCUGGUUCAGGUCAGUCUUCUAGUCACAGGCGACACAGGUCUAGUUCAAGAGAGUCAUCUGGUUUGGGUCAACAUGGGUCUGGGUCAAGAGAGUCUUCUAGCUUUGGUCAAUAUGGUUCUGGCUCAGGAGAGACUUCUGGCUUUAGUCACCAGGGAUCUGGGUUCGGCCAAUCCUCUAGAGGUGGACAACAUGGGUCUAGCUCAGGUCAGUCUUCCAGCUAUGGACAACAUGGCUCAUCAUCAGGACAGUCAUCAAGCUGUGGCCAAUAUGGGUCCAGCUCAGGUUCAAUGUCCAGCUAUGAACAGCAUAGAUCUGGAUCAAGCCAAUCUUCUAGCCAUAGGCAACAUGGUUCUGGCUCAGGAGCAUCUUCUACUUUUGGACAAGGGUCUGGCUCAGGAGAGUCAUCUGGCUUUCAUCAGCAUGGAUCUGGCUUAGGUCCAUCCUCUAGUAGUGGACAACAUGUCUCAUCAUCAGGACAGUCAUCAAACUGUGGCCAACAUGGGUCCAGUUCAAGUCAGUCUUCCAACUAUGGACAGCAUGGGUCUGGUUCAGGUCAGUCUUCUAGUCACAGGCGACACAGGUCUAGUUCAAGAGAGUCAUCUGGUUUGGGUCAACAUGGGUCUGGGUCAAGAGAGUCUUCUAGCUUUGGUCAAUAUGAUUCUGGCUCAGGAGAGACUUCUGGCUUUAAUCACCAGGGAUCUGGGUUCGGCCAAUCCUCUAGAGGUGGACAACAUGGUUCGUCAAGCUGCGGCCAACAUGGGUCUAGCUCAGGUCAGUCUUCCAACUAUGGACAGCAUGGGUCUGGUUCAGUUCAGUCUUCUAGUCACAGGCGACACAGGUCUAGUUCAAGAGAAUCAUCUGGUUUGGGUCAACAUGGGUCUGGGUCAAGAGAGUCUUCUAGCUUUGGUCAAUAUGGUUCUGGCUCAGGAGAGACUUCUGGCAUUAGUCACCAUGGAUCUGGGUUUGGCCAAUCCUCUAGAGGUGGACAACAUGGUUCGUCAAGCUGCGGCCAACAUGAGUCUAGCUCAGGUCAGUCUUCCAGCUAUGGACAACAUGGCUCAUCAUCAGGACAGUCAUCAAGCUGUGGCCAAUAUGGGUCCGGCUCAGGUUCAAUGUCUAGCUAUGGACAGCAUGGAUCUGGAUCAAGCCAAUCUUCUAGCCAUAGACAACAUGGUUCUGGCUCAGGAGCAUCUUCUACUUUUGGACAAGGAUCUGGCUCAGGAGAGUCAUCUGGCUUUCAUCAGCAUGGAUCUGGCUUAGGUCCAUCCUCUAGUAGUGGACAGUCAUCAAACUGUGGCCAACAUGGGUCCAGUUCAAGUCAGUCUUCCAGCUAUGGACAGUAUGGUUCUGGUUCGGGACAGACUUCUAGUCACCGGCAACAUAGGUCUAGUUCAAGAGAGUCAUCUGGUUUGGGUCAACAUGGGUAUGGGUCAAGGGAGUCUUCUAGCUUUGGUCAAUAUGGUUCUGGCUCAGGAGAGACUUCUGGCUUUAGUCACCAGGGAUCUGGUUUAGGCCAAUCCUCUAGUAGUGGACAACCUGGCUCAUCAUCAGGACAGUCAUCAAGCUGUGGCCAACGUGGGUCCAACUCAGGUCAGUCUUCCAACUCUGGUCAACAUGGGUCUGGUUCCAGUCAAUCUAGCUAUAACCAGCAUAGAUCUGGAUCGAGUCAGUCUUAUAGCCACAGGCAAUGUGGUUCUGGUUCAGGGCUGUCUUCAAGGUACAGACAACAUAGAUCUAGUUCAAAAGAAUCUUCUAGUUUUGGACAAGGGUCUGGCUCAGGAGAGUCUAGCUUUCAUCAGCAUGGAUCUGGCUUAGGUCCAUCCUCUAGUAGUGGACAACAUGGCUCAUUGUCAGGACAGUCUUCAAGCUGUGGCCAACAUGGGUCCAGUUCAAGUCAGUCUUCCAGUUAUGGACAGCAUGGGUCUGGUUUAGGUCAAUCUUCUAGUCACAGGCAACACAGGUCUAGUUCAAGAGAGUCAUCUGGUUUGGGUCAACAUGAGUCUGGGUCAAGGGAGUCUUCUAGCUUUGGUCAAUAUGGGUCUGGCUCAGGAGAGACUUCUGGUUUUAGUCACCAGGGAUCUGGUUUAGGCCAAUCCUCUAGUAGUGGACAACAUGGCUCAUUAUCAGGACAGUCAUCAAGCUGUGGCCAACAUGGGUCCAGCUCAAGUUCGACUACCAGCUAUGGCCAGCAUGGAUCUGGAUCAAGCCAAUCUUCUAGCCAUAGGCAACAUGGUUCUGGCUCAGGAGCAUCUUCUACUUUUGGACAAGGGUCUGGCUCAGGAGAGUCAUCUGGCUUUCAUCAGCAUGGAUCUGGCUUAGGUCCAUCCUCUAGUAGUGGACAACAUGGCUCAUCGUCAGGACAGUCUUCAAGCUGUGGCCAACAUGGGUCCAGUUCACAUUGGUCUUCCAGCUAUGGACAGCCUGGGUCUGGUUCACAUCAGUCUUCUAGUCACAGGCAACACAGAUCAGGUUCAAGAGAGUUUUCGGGUUUUGGUCAAUAUGGGUCUGGUUCAGGAGAGUCUUCUAGCUUUGGUCAGCAUGGGUCUGGCUCUAGAGAGUCUUCUAGCUUUAAUGAGCAUGGAUCUGGCUUAGGUCAUUCUAAUAGCAGACAAUAUGGUUCAUCAUCAGGUCAGUCAUCCAAUUGUGGCCAAUAUGGUUCCAGCACAAAUCAGUCUUCUAGCUAUGGUCGACAGAAUUCUGGAUCAGGCCAAUAUUCUAGACACAGGCAACGUGGGUCUGGUUCUGGUCAGUCAUCUAGGUAUGGCCAACCUGGCUCUGGUUCAGGAGAAUCAUCUAGCUUUGGUCCAUAUGGAUCUGGCUCAGGAGAGACUUCUGGCUUAAGUCACCAUGGAUCUGGUUUAAAUCAAUCUUCUGGUAGCAGGCAAUAUGGUUCAUCAUCAUCAGGACAGUCAUCCACUUGUGGUCAACAAGGGCCCAGCUCUGUUCAGUCUUCCACUUAUGGUCAGUAUGAAUCUGGUUCAGGUCAGUCUUCUAGUUGUGGUCAACACAGUUCUAGAUCAGGCCAGUCUUCUAGCCACAGGCAAUAUGGGUCUCGUUCAAGACAGUCAUCUGGUUUUGUUCAUCAUAGGUCUGGAUCAAGAGAGUCUUCCAGCUCUAGUCAGCAUGGAUCAAGCUUAGGUCAGUCCCCCCGCUAUGGUCCGCAUGAGUCUGGAUCAGGUCAGUCUUCUACUUAUGGUGGAUAUAGGUCUGGCUCAGGUCAUUCUUAUAGCCAUAGUCAACAUGGAUCUGGAUUCAGUCAGUCUUCUGCAUCAGGAGAGUCUUCCGGCUUUAAUCAGCAUGGAUCUGGCUUAGGUCAAUCCUCAAGUAGUGGACAGUAUGGUUCAUCAUUAGGACAGUCAUCAAGCUGUGGCCAACAUGGGUCCACUACAGGUCAGUCUUCCAGCUAUGGUCAACAUGGCUCUCAUUCAGGUCAGUCUUCUAGCUACCACAGACAGAGGUCUGGAUCUGGACAGUAUUCUAACCACAGGCAACAUGGUUCUGGUUCAAGAGAAUCAUCUGGUUGUGGUCAACAUAGGUCUGGCUCAGAGGAAUCUUCUGGCUUUAAUCAGCAUGGAUCAAGCUUAGGUCAGUCUUCUAACUAUGGUCAGCAUGGGUCUGGCUCAGGUCAGUCUUCUAGCUGUAGCCAACAUGGGUCUGGAUUCAGUCAGUCUUCUGGCUUUGGUCAACAUGGGUCUGAAUCAGGAGAGACUUCUGGCUUUAGUCAUCAUGGAUCUGGCUUAAGUCAAUCCUCCAAUUAUGGACAACAUGGUUCUUCAUCAGAACAAUCAUCAAGCUGUGGCCCACAUGAAUCCAGCUCAGGACAGUCUUCCUGGUAUGAUCAGCACUGGUCUGGUUCAAAUCAGCCUUCUAGGUAUCGUGGCUCGAGGUCUGGUUCCAGUCAGUAUUCUAGUCAUAGUCAACAUUGGUCUGGAUCUGGCCAGUUUUCUAACCAACAGCAAUAUGGUUCUGGCUCCAGAGAGGUUUCUGGCUUUGGUCAACAUGAAUCUGGUUCCAUGGGGUCACCUGGCUUUAGUCAGCAUGGAUCAGGCUUAGGUCAAUCCUCUGGCUACGGACAACAUGGUUCAACAUCAGGACAGUCCUCAUGCUGUGGUCAGUAUGGAUCCAACUCAGGCCAGUCUUCCAGUUAUGGUCAGCAUGGAUCUGGUUUAAGUCAGUCUCCUAGCUAUGGACAACACAGAUCUGGAUCAGGCCAGUCUUCUAGUCAUAGGCAACAUGGGUCUGGUUCAAGAGAGUCUUCUAGUUUUGGUCAACAUGGGUCUGGCUCAGGUCAGUCUUAUGGCUUUCAGCAUGGGUCUGGAUCAAGUCAGUCUUCCAAUUUGGGGCAACAAGAAUCUGGUUCAGGAGAAUUUUCUGGCUUUGGUCAACAUGAAUCUUGUUCAGGAGGGUCUUCUGGCUUUAGUCAGAAUGGAUCUGGCUUAGGUCAAACUUCUGGCUAUGGACAGUCAUCAUGCCAUGGCCAACCUUGGUCCAGCUCAAGUCAAUCUUCCAGUUAUGGUCAAAAUGGGUGUGGUUCAAAUCAGUCUUCUAACUAUGGCCAACAGGGAUCUACCUCAAGUCAUUUUUCUAGCCACAGCCAAUUUGGGUCUGGCUCAGGUCAGAGUUGCAGCUCUGAACAAUAUGGGUCUGGUUCAUGUCCUUCCUCUAUCUCUGGACAACAUUAUUCUGGAUCUGGUCAGUGUUCUCAUUCUGAACAAUAUGGGUCUGGUUCUUGUCCUUCAUCUAUCUCUGGACAAUAUUGUUCUGGAUCUGGUCUGUGUUCCAGCUCUCAACAAUAUGGGUCUGGAUCAUGUCACACAUUUAGGUCUGGAUCAUGUAGCUCUGGACCCAGUCAGUGUUCUAGUUAUGAACAACAUGAAUCACAAGGGAGAUGUGGAAACCAGUGUGAAUCAAGCUAUAACCAUUCAAAUUAUAAUGAAGGACAAUCAAGAAACAAUUACAGACAAGCAGAAAGUUCCUCAGGUUGUACCUUUGGACAAGUAACACCCUGUUAUGGACAGUCUAGAUCCAAUACUACCAAUAUACUGCCAUUUUGCAAUGAGGACAACAGACAAGGUAGCUACUACUAUCAAAGAGGAAGAGGAGGUAUCUAUGGAGAGGGAAGUGUGGGUUCAAGUUCCAAUAGUUUUAAUAGUAGCACUCCACUCUAUGAAUAUGUCCAAGAGCUGAAGUGCUAAUUCUAGAAAUGAAUAGUAAAAAUAAGUUAAAUUAACUGAAAUAGCAAUUCAAGAAAUGAAAAACUUGCAGAUAAGUAAUUCAUCAUGAAAUUUCUUUCUCAAAGUAGAUAUAUCUGUUCCUAUUCUUUUCUCUUAAAGCUAUAAUGUACUCUGUUCCUUAUUACUGGAUUCCUUCCAAAGAAUGUAGGGUAUUAUUUGGGGUACUCUGUUAGGAAAUAUUAGGUUGAAUAAAUUAUUAAUGUUGGGGGCUAAAUUUAGAAGAAUAAAGCAAAGUAUUUAAAGAGUAUGGGAUUUAGUUAAGGUGUCUUUUUAAAGAGGUCAUUAUUUAAUUAGAGAUGAUUCCAAAACAAAUCUUGUAGAUUUAUAAAGCUAUAUAUUACAAAUGCAUUACUAGUCCUGGAGCCAAAGCUUUCUCUUACAGCAACAUGUACUCUAAUUUUUGCUGUGACCUACAUUGGAUGGCAGCAGAAACACAAAAGACCUAAACCAAAGAUGUAGCCUGAGUGGUUUCUUUGUUUCUCAAAAACCAACAAACCCCUAUUUCUGGUGAUACCUUUGAUCAGCACUAACUAGUGGCAUUAAAAAGUUGCUUCAAAUUCUUCUCCCUAGCCAACAAGCAAGUAUAAUUUUUUUUAAUGGUACUUGGGAUUGAACAUAGGGUCUCAUACAUGCUAUGCAAGCUCUCUACCAUUGAGCUACAUCCCCAGAUUCUCUCCCAUCCCAACUUUUAAAAAUUUUGUUUUGAGACAGGAUCUUGCUAAGCCAGCCUCAAACUUGUGAUCCUCCUGCCUCAGCCUCCCCAGUAGAAGGAAUUUCAGGCAUGGGCCACUGUGCCCAGCAGAGCACUAUUUCUUAAAGAGCAGAGAUGGUUCAGGUCAGAAUCAAAAGAUCCAAAUGUGGGCUUUAAUUGGUUUCAGCAAGAAAGAUCUUGGCUCCUAUUUCUGUGAAGUUGCUCUGAAUUGGAAAACUUUAGAGGUUCUAUAAGAUGGAAAUACAAUUCCUCCUACAGUUUACUAUCCUUUCCAUGUAGGGAAAUAUCAUCAAUACCCAACUGGAAAGGAAGGCUGUCACUGUUAUAUAUAGUUCCUUGGUUUGACUGUAAUGUGUUUGUUUCAAGUCUUUAGAUUCAAAUUGUUGCAUUACAUUAAAAUUAACAUUACAUAAAUGGUGAUCAAAU